UUAUUUUAGAAGCAAAAAAAAUAAGAGAAGUACAUACUUAUAUUUUGUGUUCAGGAAACGAAAUACGCAAUUUAUUUUGCCUAAUAUAACGAGAAAAAAAAUAACCGAAAAUUAUAAAUAGAUUUCUAUCAAUUGCCAGUGUUAAUUUUUAAGAAUAUAUACGUGUAAUGUCAGAGCUGCGCUCGAAAGUUAUACAACUAUAUAAACAUCUGCAAUAUUUGGGACGUGAAUAUCCUGGGGUUAAUGGACCCCAGAAAUUCCGGCAGCAAGUUAGAGAUGCCUUUCUAAAGAACAAAGAUGAAACUGAUCCCAAAAAAGUAAAGGCUUUACUCGCCCAGGGACGCUAUGUGGCCAAAGAAGUGGAGGCUUUAGUUUCACUAAAGAAAUAUCGUACAUUAAAACAACGUUAUUCACAAGAUUAAUUUUAAAUGCUGGCAGCCUGCUUACUAAACUCGAAUUCAAGGCCAAGGUCAAUGAAAAGAAAUGCGGAAAAGACUUGUUUGUUGCAGCCAAUAACUGGACAAAAAAAAUUAUUGCAUUUUAUUCAUCUAAAUUUGUUAUUUUACUCUUCAACCCACACACCAACUUUUUGUUGACUCACACAUACAUACAUACAUACAUAUUGUUUAGAUUUUUAGAGUGUCUUAUAAUUAACAAUUUUUAGUCGCCAAUAUUUGGGCCAUUAAAAUCUUCCAUCAUGGAACAAAAUUAAAAAAA